AUGUCUGCAGUUUUCGCUAAUCAGACGCUUGUUGAAUUGAUUCGUGACAAAAGUUACUCAGAGACAUUGAAGAAUGUUUACACCUUUCAACCUCAAUUGAGCUUCUUCGAGAAGUACUGGUCUGCAUGGUACACCUAUAUGAACAAUGAUGUGUUGGCUACUGGUCUAAUGUUUUUCCUACUGCAUGAGUUCAUGUAUUUCUUUAGAUCGCUGCCAUGGUUCAUCAUUGACCAGAUGCCAUAUUUCAGAAAAUGGAAGCUGCAACCAACCAAGAUUCCAAGCGUCAAGGAACAAUGGCACUGUUUCAAGUCCGUUAUCCUUUCACACUUCCUGGUCGAGGCCAUUCCAAUUUGGACUUUUCACCCAAUGUGUGUAAAAUUGGGUAUCUCGGUUGAAGUGCCAUUCCCAUCGAUCAAGAGAAUGGCUUUAGAAAUUGGGCUUUUCUUUAUCCUAGAAGACAUGUGGCAUUACUGGGCACACAGGCUAUUCCAUUACGGUAUCUUUUACAAAUACAUUCACAAGCAACAUCACAGAUAUGCAGCACCAUUUGGUUUAUCAGCAGAAUAUGCUCAUCCAGCAGAAACGAUGUCGUUGGGUUUUGGUACAGUCGGUAUGCCAAUUCUUUACGUGAUGUACACCGGCAAGUUGCAUUUAUUCACUCUCUGUGUCUGGAUCACAUGCAGAUUAUUCCAGGCUGUUGACUCUCAUUCCGGUUAUGAUUUCCCAUGGUCCCUAAAUAAGUUUCUGCCAUUCUGGGCCGGUGCUGAGCAUCAUGAUUUGCAUCACCAUUAUUUCAUCGGUAACUACGCAUCAUCAUUCAGAUGGUGGGAUUUCUGUUUAGACACAGAGGCAGGUCCAGAAGCUAAGGCAGCAAGGGAAGAAAGAAUGAAGAUUAAAGCUGAAAGCAAUGCCAAGAAAUCCAAUUGA